AGAUACUUCCGGGUCAUUUCACUCAUAGUAAGAUCUUAUAAUACAUCCAUGGUCGGAACUGUCAGAAUAACAGCGCGGAACACGGACCUCCACUCGCCGGUUUCCGGUCACACAGAAAGCCAAUGAGAACAGUAGCAGUCCUUGGAGGGGGGAUCGGGGGUUUGGCAGCUUCUUACUACCUCUGCAAGAGCCCCCAGGUUACCAAGGUCAUUAUAUUGGAGUCCAGCAGUCGUUUUGGGGGUUGGCUGUGGUCCACCAGGAGGUCAGAUGGUGCAGUGUUUGAACAUGGACCCAGAGGGAUUCGACCUGCUGGGGCAGUGGGGCGCAACACACUAAAUAUGGUGGAUGACCUGGGUCUUGCAGGGGAGAUUCUGCCAGUCACCUACAGUCAUGUUGCCUCCAAGAGCCGAUAUUUGUAUGUUAACAAACAGCUUCACAGGAUGCCUUCAGGAAUAAGUGGACUUUUGCGGACAGUCCCACCUUUCUCGCGUCCCCUCCUGUUGAGUGUUGCCAUGGAACUGCUGGUGAAGAAAGGCAAGGAGGAAGAUGAGUCCGUCCAUUCAUUUGUUUCUAGGAGGCUGGGAGAGGAGCUGGCAGACAUAGCUGUGGACAGUUUGUGUCGUGGUGUAUUUGCAGGGGACUGCAGGAAGUUGAGUGUGCGCUCUUGUUUUCCUGUCCUCUACAACGCAGAGCAGCACAGAGGUUCCCUGACACUGGGCAUGCUGCUGGGUGCAGGUCCCACUCCUGUGGUCCCUCCUGGCCCUCUGAGUCAGAGAUCUAUUAAAGAGUCGUGGGCUCAGUGGUCCCUGAGCAGGGGAAUGGAGUCUCUCCCAGAAUCUAUCAUAGAGUUCCUGCAACAGAGUGGGAGAGUGCAGCUUCACAGAGAGGCAGCUGUUAAACAAAUCAGUCCUUCAGCCUCUGGGUGGACGAUCCAUUUGGAGGAUGGAGUCCUAUCAGCUGACCACAUCAUCUCUGCACUACCUGCUAAAGCCCUCUCCUCAGCCCUGCCCUCCUCCUGUCAGCCUCUCAUCCAGCAGCUGCAGGACAUCUCCACAGUAACAGUUGCUGUGGUAAAUCUGGAGUAUGAAGGUUCCAUCCUGCCUGUAAUGGGUUUUGGUCACCUGGUUCCAUCAUCUGAGGAUCGGGGUUUACUAGGUGUGGUCUAUGACUCUGUUUCCUUUCCUCAGCACGACAGACCUAAUGGACAGACUACUAGAGUGACGGUGAUGAUGGGUGGGGCCUGGUUCCAGGAAGUGUUUGGUGUCCCAGAAGCCGUCUCAGAGGAGCGUCUUUUAGCAAGAGCCACUGAGGCAGUGCACUGCCACCUAGGAGUCACCACAGUACCCAGCUGGACUCGGGUUUCUCUACAGAGGGACUGUAUACCUCAAUAUUAUCAAGGACACUUUCGAAGAGUAGAGUCCAUGCGUAGCUUCAUAAAGAAAAAUCAUCUCUUGCUGUCUCUGAUUGGCUCCUCGUAUGAUGGCGUGUCAGUGAACGAUGUCAUCUUUAGUGGGCGGACAGCUGUGGAGGAGUUGUUGGGAGCUGGAGUCAACACUGGAACAUGACCACACCAAGUGAAUGUUGUUGCUCUGCAGUUGUAUGAAUGUAUAUUUUUGAGGAAGAAAUUCAGUGUCCUACAGCUAAAAUAUUUUGUUUGUUGGCCUCAUCAGGGCAUCCAAUUGUGUGUGACAUUGGGAAUCAAUUCACAUUAAUUAAUUUAGAUAAGUAUAAAUAAGAUUUAUUUAGUUUAGAAUUUGAAUUUUAUUUUAAAAUGUAUUUGCAGAAAGCAGUCAUUAUCACUCAUGGAACAACAGUGUGACAAACCACAGCUUACAGACAUGAACACAAGAGGGCUGAGCAUAUGCAUUUUAUAAACCCACUUGUGGCAUCCGAUGAGACUCCAUUGUAUGAUGGCUUGUGUUAGCGUGCGGUGGCAGAAUGUGUCAUGGCCAAGCUAAGCUGCUCUAGAUUGUGCAGACACCAGUUUCUCUGCUUCACCAAAAUUUGAGGCCUCAUGUUCCCCAGAGUUAUAUUAUUUCAAAGUAGCCUUCAUUCAUACAUUAUUACUGGAAAACAGAUUUCUAGUGCGUCUGACGUGACUCUCGCUUCAAAUAAAGCCCUCUUAUACCUACAA